AUGAACAUGAGCAAAACGAAGAGCAAAAGCGACAAUAAACCCAAUAAAACGGAAAAAGCUUUGGCUGCAGAGAAAGAGCAGUUUGGCAAACAGCAGCUCAACAGCAUCAGCAAAGCCCUCACCUCCGCUGAAACACCGGCCAAAGAGAAACAUGUGCGCAGUAUCCUUCCACGUUUACCAACGUUGGCCUCCUUUCCAGAAAUGGAAAUAUCAUUGUGUUUUGGAGGUUUCCUUGACAGCUGUGAAGAUGUCAUCUUGGGAAGUCACAAGGAGGGUGGAGCGACCACCUUCUGGUCCUACUCCCUGAACCUGCCUCUGUCCAGCAGCUCCAUGAUCGCCUGGAAGUUCUGCUACCUGCUGCACAAGCUGCUCAGGGAGGGACACAGGAAUGCUGUUGCAGACUCCUACAGACACUGCCGCAGUGUGAAAGACAUGGGCACUCUCUGGGGAAACUUGCAUGAUCGCUACGGCCACAUUGUUGCCUUGUCAGCCAAAUUCCUCUGCCUCAAAAUGGAGUUUCAUACAAAGCACAAAGUGAUCCCAGGCAACCUGGAGGCCAGCGAUGAGGCUCUGGAGAAGGAAGCAGGAAGUGACAUGACCAAUGUGUUGGACAUGACACAGGAGCUGCUGGAUUACCUGGAUGCUGGACUGAAGAUGGCUGAGACCGUCCUCCGUCAGCUCGAUGCCAACAAGGCCACAUCUACCACUCCGGCCGGACAGUGCAGACUGACUCCGCUGAUACCCCUCAUACUGGACUGCAGCUUCCUCUACCACUUCUCCGUCCGGCUGAUGUUCAAACUCCACAGCCGCAUCGCUCCAGAUGUUCUUCUUGGACAUCGUGAGCGGUUCCGUGAUCUGUUUAUGAGGAGCUUCCACCUCUGCUUCUCUGCUUUUCCAUCAUGCACAUGUAUUUUGCUUUUUAUGACCCCACAGGCUCCUCCAAACUUCCUCCGAGCUGCCGCCUUGGCUGAGUACAAAAAGCUGGUGGUGGUGAUGCCCAACGAGGUGCGUCAUGAAGAGGAAGAGGUGGAGCCGCAGCCAGAGUUCAGGGAAGCGCCGGAGAUGUCACAGUACUAUUCACUCAGCCAGCUGGGAGUUCCUGAAGCUUCUCUGGAGCCAGACAGUGAGAGUCUGAGGAAGGAGCUGGAGGUGCUCAAACCAGAGCUGCAGCUCAUCAAGACUGAGGCUCAAAAGUGUGUAACUGAGUUAAAGGCUCAGGUGAACCGUCUAGAAGCUGAGGUCGAGGAGCAGCGCACACACAAACAGAUGGCUAUGGUGGAAAACGAACACCUGCGGAUGGAGGUGGACACGUUACGGUGUGCCAGCGUCGCUGGUGUCGAGGCCCAGAUUGGAUUCAAGGAUGCAGAUGGCAGAGCUCAGGCAGCAGAGCUACGUUUCACUCAACUCAAAGACAGACAUGCCGAGCUGGUUUCCAGUCACGCUGACCUCAUGAAGAAGAAUGCAGAAACAGUGAAGCUGCUGUCCGCUAUAAAACAAGAACAGGACGAUUUGCUGAAAGCCAAGAAGCACCUGGAGAGUGAGCUGGAAAAUCUGCAGCACGAGAAAAGAAACACGGUGAACCAGCAGGACCAGGAGGCUGAGCGCCUGAAUAAGCAGCUACUGGAGCAAAGUGCGGAGCUGGCUCUCCUUCGCAGCACCCUGGUCAAUAAAGAGAUGGAGGCGUCUCAGGUGAGCAGCAGCCUGGCAGCUCUGCAGGCGGAGCGCGAUGUGCUGUUACGCUCAGCCACUGAAAAGGACACGGCACUGUCUUCACUGAGACAACAGGCACAGCAGCAGCAGAGCUCCCUGGACCUGGAGAGAGACAGGACCAACAGAGAGCUGGAGGCUCUGAGGGCUCAGCUACAGCAGCAGAUUGCCAUUAAUGCAGAGCAGAAGCUGGAGAUCGACAGGCUGAGACGAGAGCUGGACUCGACCCGAGCAGAGCUGGCCCGUGCAAACAGCGCCCUACAGAGCAAAGAAAUGAGCGGCACCCAGCUGAGCAGUACAGUAGCAGGGCUGCAGGCGGAGAGGGACGUGCUACGGCGCUUGGUGGGGGAGCAUGAGGUGGAGCUGAACUCGCUCAGACAGGAGGCUCAGCUCCAUCAGAGCUCCCUGGAGCAGGAGAGGCAGCGGAGCAGCAUGGAGCUGGGAAGCCUACACGCCCAGCUACAGCAGAAGGCAUGUCGUGAAGAGGAGCUGACCCAGAAGCUGCAGGGGGAGCAGUUCUGCCUGCUGCAGUGUGCUGUGGUCGAGGCUGAGGGCAUCAUACUGGAUGCUGUGGCCAAACUGGAUGACCCCAUACACCUCCGCUGCAUCAGCUCGCCUGAUUACUUGGUGAAUCGAGCUGAAAUCACUCUGGCUUCUAUCGACAAAAUGCAGCAGAGCCACCUGGUCUACCUGGGGAACAGGAACGACGCCAGUGGUUUGUUGAGAACGGUCACACAGUUCUCGCACCUCGCCGCUGACACCAUUGUCAAUGGAGCGGCAACAUCCCACUCUGCUCCGUCCGACCAGGCUGACCAUUUAACUGACAGCUGCCGGGACUGUGCCAAUCACUGCCUUCAGUACCUGAAGGACCUGAAGUUUCAGGCCAGUUUACAGAGAGCAGACCCAUCUGCGAUACGCUACACUGUCCAACGCAUCCUCUCGCUGGGACAGGGUUUGUGUCCAAAGGGACAGGAUGUGCUGAAAGAGGAGCUGGGAGACAUGGUGGAUAAAGAGAUGAUCGCUACGUCUACUGCCAUUGAAGACGCUGUGCUGCGUAUGGACGAGAUUCUGAAUCAGGCAAAGAGAGGCUCUACUGGUGUGAAGCUGGAGGUCAACCAGAGUAUCCUGGGCUCCUGUUCAGACCUGAUGAAGGCCGUUCACAUGCUGGUGACAGCUGCUACCGACUUACAGAAAGACAUCGUGGAAGGAGGCAGGGGAGCAGCGACUGUUACUGAAUUUUAUGCCAAAAACUCUCGCUGGACAGAAGGACUCAUCUCUGCCUCUAAGGCUGUGGGCUGGGGCGCCACACAGCUGCUAGACUCAGCUGACCGGGUUGUGGGUGAACAAGGUACGUACGAGGAGCUCAUUGCCUGUUCCCACGAGAUCGCUGCAAGCACCGCCCAGCUAGUCGCUGCCUCAAAGGUGAAGGCGGACCGCAAUAACAAGAAGCUGCACACGCUGCAGCAGGCCUCCAGCCACGUCAACAACAUGGCUGCCGGUUUUCGCCACCGGAGCUGCUAA